AGUUGACUUGUAUAUUCCAAUUCCAAAGUCAUAACUCCUAAAUACAUUGUCAUGGUAGUAAAAUCGAACACGCCUAAUAAUGUGACCUUUUUUUUUGAAAGAUUCAUAUCUAGUGGUUUAAGUUAUGAACAAUUUUUUUUUUUACUUUCUAGGCAAACAAACACGAAAGAAGUGAACAAACACCACCGACAAUUUCAUGUACAUUAUAGUGUUAUUAGGUGAACCACCCUCUUGGACAAAGGCCUAUUCAGCUCAACUUCCAUCCAACAACCUUGAGCCCUUUUAAUUAAUUCCAACAUCAUAUAUUAAUCACAACCCAAUAACACAAAUUCCACCACCACAUCAGAAAUUCUAAGCACACGCAUCAAACAACAUAUUUUUUUUUAGCUUUCUUCACUUGAGAACUAAUCAUGGCAGGGGAGCGGGCAGGGGCAGAGAUCGUAUACGGAGCCGAGGACUGCCAUCGCCAAUCCAUAGAGCUCCUUCAAGAACUUGGAUUUCCUAAGGGUGUUCUUCCAUUGCAAGACCUUGAAGAGUGUGGAAGGGUUAGAGAAACUGGGUUUGUGUGGAUGAAACAAAAGCAACCGUAUGAGCAUUUCUUUGUUGGGACCAAUACCAAAGUUAGCUAUGCCACGGAGGUGACUGCGUAUGUGGAGAAGCUCAAGAUGAAGAAGAUGACGGGUGUGAAGAGCAAACAGAUGUUUUUAUGGGUUCCAAUAACAGAGAUGAGCAUCCAAGAACCGGCAAGCAAGAAGAUACAUUUCAACACUCCCAUGGGGAUCGGAAAGUCUUUUCCUAUCACGGCCUUUAUGACAGAGGAAGAGAAGCACAAGUACUUGGAGAAGGCUAAUGAAUGAGCUUUCUUUAAUUGUCGUGGUCAUUUUCGUUUAUUAUCUGGCUUUUUCAUGCGUCUUGGUUUCUUUCCUAUUAUUCUUUUCGUACGUACCGCAUCAAAACUGUGAGAGUUUCAUCACGUAGUACUUUGUGAAGAUUGUUCUACACCUAUAUAUUAUACAAAUAAUUAAUAUUUAUUCUGCAA